CGCCGGGCCAAUAACUUAUCGGUACGACAAACGAUAAGCAAACUUUAAGUGCGUACAUGCGAAUCGUCCGCGACCCAGGGUAACAGCCCCGAGACGUCGUCGCGGACAUCUCUAUCGCGAGUGCGAGACACUGUGAAAUUGUGGCGUAUUUUAAAGACCGAAUAAACCAAUACAUUUACGAAUAACACAAUCUAUUCAUUACGCGAAAAGACAGCACGAACACGAAUACUGUUCGUGUUGAUACUGAACAGUACUGAUGCUACUACAUGGAAAGACAAAGAUACAGCAUGGGAGGAAAUAACAUCACAGUUUAAUGCUCAAUCUGGAAAUUUUCCUCGAAACGCCAAGUCAAUUCGAGCGAAAUACGAAAAUCUUAAAAAAGAUUUAAGGAAGAAAUGUGCUCGAUUGACUGGAGAACAGAAGAAAACGGGAGGUGGAAGUAAUCCGUGUUCAGGUUUAGAAGGUCAUGAGGAGAAAUUACUAUCGAUAUCUGAGCUUGGAAUGUUGGGUUUGCCAAGUAGACACGAUAGUGAUCAUUUUGGAGCUGUUGCAGACAAUACCGUUGACGAGAAUGAAGAGAAUAAAGAGAAUGAAGACAGCCACCCAUAUAUUGAUGAUCCUGACGUCAGGCAAUAUAUUACUGAGACAUUGGGACCUGAAUGCAAUAUUUAUAAUUCUAAUGAUGAGUUUGAGGACACCGGUGAUAACGAAGCAGGCAGGAGUAUGCAUGUUUCUAGUCCUCCACCUGAUGUAAACACUACUACCAGUGAACAAAAAGGUAUAAAAGCCCUGAUAUUGUAUACCAAGAGAAAUGGAUUGCUCUGGCUAUAAUCUGGAU